AACUUUCAUGCAUGUUUUGCUGUUCUGGUAUUUCAGGUGGUCUAUUGGCGAUUUCUGUGAUUGUCUUCGCAACAAUGUGCAAAGAUGACCGCACGUGGAUGCCAAGGCCAGAAUACAAUUAUCCGUCUUGGUCAUUUGGUUUUGCUGUCAUUAGUGGGUUCUUCUCAAUAUUUGGUGGGAUCUGUCUGCUGAUUUGUGGGUUUAUAGUCGUAUAUGGACCUCCCGGGUACCCUCUUGGAGAGAAAGAGGGCGUAACGAAGACACAAUCCCACCAAAUGAUCCCGACUCAUAAAUCACAGAUGCAGCCACCUCCAGGACCAUAGGAACGGAGAUAAACAAUUACUGAUCUACAAUGGAGAUAUAUUUAUUCCAUCGGUACCAUUCCAUCAGUUAGACAUUUCCAGGUGUGUAAACCGGAGAAAAAAUUGUAACUGCAAAUUUUGAGAAAUAUGAGGUAAUUUACCACCUUGGGACUUCCUUUCCCGCGCCUCA